GAUAGAUAGAUAGAUGUGAGUGAGAGCUGUGCGGGCAGAGGACUACCAGUGCUAUCCGCUGCGGACAGAAAGUGGAGGGCGAAAAAAAAACUCUCGAAACGACAGCUUGCCGUGUGCCAAUGUGCAAAAAUAUACAGUUUCGGUAGAGGCCAAGGGAUCGGGAAUCAGUCGCAGAAGAUUUGAGCUUCGGUCAUCUGAAAGAGGAGUGUAUAAAGAUGUCGUCUCCAAGUCCGGGCAAAAGACGAAUGGACACCGACGUGGUGAAACUCAUUGAGAGUAAACAUGAAGUCACAAUCCUGAGUGGACUCAACGAAUUUGUAGUGAAGUUUUAUGGACCACAAGGAACACCGUAUGAAGGGGGUGUAUGGAAGGUGCGAGUAGAUCUUCCAGACAAAUACCCCUUCAAAUCUCCCUCUAUAGGAUUUAUGAAUAAGAUUUUUCAUCCGAACAUCGAUGAAGCGUCAGGGACCGUGUGUUUAGAUGUGAUCAACCAGACAUGGACAGCUCUUUAUGAUCUCACCAAUAUCUUCGAGUCGUUCUUGCCACAGUUACUGGCCUACCCGAACCCCAUUGACCCUCUGAACGGGGAUGCGGCAGCCAUGUACUUGCACCGGCCAGAGGACUACAAACAAAAAAUCAAAGAAUACAUCCAGAAAUAUGCAACAGAGGAGGCUCUGAAGGAGCAGGAGGAAGGAGCGGGCGACUCCUCUUCAGAAAGCUCCAUGUCUGACUUUUCAGAGGACGAAGCUCAGGACAUGGAGUUGUAGUUAAGGGCGACAGUUUCUCCCCUUUACCACAGAGACUAUAUUAUUUCCUAACCAUGCGAAGCAGACUAUAAAAGAUUCAUAUUUAAACAAGGUGAUUUUUUUUUUUUUUAUCGUUAUUAUUACUAAACCAGGAUUUUUAUGGAUAUCUAGCGUUGACGAUGAAUACGGCACACUCUCUAGGUGUUCUAUCUCUACUUCUUGGUGGUUGUUUUCCCCCCCCCCCCCUUUUUUUUUCUCCCUUUCACUCUCUCACUCGCUCUCUCCGACACCCCAACAAAAGAAAGGCUUGUAGUGUUGAUUCCACGUUGGUAGCUGCGUAGCUGGAAUGCAUGUCAUCGCCUCCCUAAUCCACCUUUUCCGAUGCAGACCGACGGGACAGAGGCCGUAUUUAACCGGGGGUGCCCUUGUGAUGUUACUAACGUACUGAGAGUUGUGUCCGUGAUGCUCUGAUAUAUGAAUCCCCUCAGCUUAGACCUUUUGCAAGGACGGUCUUCAGGUGGAGCUGUGGCAGUUGGAUCGGACACGUUUUGCCUCAUUACUCCCCUCCACCUCAGCGCUUUGAUCAAUCCAGCGCAAGUCAUUUUGAAUUAUCGUUGCUUCCCUGGUUGUCCUGUUUUUUUUCUUCUUCUUUCGUUUGUUUGUUUUCUCUUUAAACAGCUGUUUUAAGAUAGAAACGCUCAAGAGAGGAAUUUCUCCUUUCUCCUUUUUAUUUGGCUCUCACCUUGAGGGGAAGUUUCCACGCUGUACGUUAAAGCAAUCAUCAGGAUUUUACAGAACGUCACACACAUUCUGCUCACCAAUCAAGCCCACGAUACAGCGUCUACGGCGGAAAAUAUCAAUACGACUCCCUUUAAGUUCCUCGAGCGUCUUUUUAAAGAGGAUGUAGAUGUAGAGGCUAGCACACCGAAGCUCAACUUUUCCACUAGCUCGAUGUUUCUGGCUUUUGUUUCCUCGUUGUGGAAGUCCCACACCCACAAAACGUGGCUCUACACUGUGUGACCUUCCACAGUGACCUUCACUAAACGACCAGGAAAGUGACUGUCCUGCUUUACGGAGCACAAUCUUUUAUUUUGUACCAACAUUGUAUGCACAGAGUGUUUUGUCUUUUUCCUCUUUCUGUCUCGCACCCUCUCCCUAUUUACGAGCAUCUUUUUUGUACAUUUGUUGUAUGAUGCGGAAGUGGAGUCGUGUAGGACUUUGUUGGUCUAGCCUAGAAGAAACCUUCAAGAGAAAAGAGACAAAAAAAAGACUUUUACUAACAUUUGUAGAGUUCAUCAUCUUUUCCUAUUGCUUGUGCAUAACUAUGAUAGCUGUUGUUUGACCUCAUGUAGAUCUAGUUAGUUUUACUGGGUGGUGAAAUCAAAAAUAGUUGUUCAUAUGGAUUUAGGUUUCGUAACCUGCUUGUCCGAAUACAGAUAUUAUUCGAAGGAUCCCAUUUGGUAAGAUCUGCCUCGGAACUACUUGUGGUUUUAGGAGAAGGCCGAGUAACAUUUACUAAUGCUGAGGUGGGGUUUGGCCGCUACGGUGUGGAAACGGGCAGAUAUCUUCUGUAUAAAGAGCUUUUGAAUUUCAACAUCUGCAGAUAUCAUCAGUGGCAUGUUGGUAACAUGAAGAACCAGAUUUAGUUUGUGUGUGUGUGUGUGUGUGUGUUUUGCAGUAUUCUCACAAAUCUCGCAUUCUGAAUGCACUUGCAGAUUCAUUCAUCGUCCAAAAUGUAAACGAAACGGGGUUGAAGUGAAGCGUACAACGUUACAAAACAGACGCCGACCCCAGCGGAAUGGCAUUAGGGGAGGUGUUUCAGUUUAGUUCAGCUCGCGUGAACGAUUCAGAGCUGCUUAUUUUUAUCCCAUGCCUUUUUUACGUUCUCUCCUGUUUUUCAUUUUGAAUUAAAUCAAUGCUUUAUGGGCAAAGCAUUUGACCUUGUUUUAGCCCAAGUCAAGAAUUGGCCAAAUUGUGCAAUAGGAAAAAAAAGAGGAAAAGUCUCAGUUGAACAUUUUUGAGUCUAAAUCAGUUAUUGGGGGUUCAUAUUUUCAAGAAAAAGAAGAAAAACAUCACUUAUAUGCAGUAUUGUAUUAAGAGGAAGUUAUGAUGGUCGCAAGGAGAGAGACAGCAUAUGUUUAGACAGGCCUUUGUUUCACAUCUUUUAGACAUGUAUGGAAGAAAAUGCUUCUCGUUGUGGUUUGGUUGCCUUGGUAAACAUUUUGCCAUGCCAAGCAACACGCACCCUGACAAACACAAAAGACUCAGCUUCUCUAUUUCAUUUCUGCUUCAUUUUUGAUCCAAUAUGAGAGGCAACAUGUGGAGAUUUAGUUUAAAAACAUAUAUUUUUCCUUUGUUUUUAACAAAUGUCAUGUCAAAGAGUAAAAUGACUAAAGAAUUUGAGAAUAUCAAAUAAACAAAUGUAUAAGCGUGCUUCCAAUAUAAUUAGAAAUUAUACCAUUUUUUUGUGAAUUUAUUUACUAAUUUUUGGAUUCCUAUUUUUUCCCUCAUGUCAAUAACAGAGGCAUCCAUCUGAGCAGGUAAUAUGUGCUGAAAAGGUCUGUGGGAUUGAAGGGAGUUUUUAUUUAUUUUUUAUUUUUAAGUUGUUUAGUGGGUGGGGUGGAAUAAAUAAUUACAGUGUGUCCUUUGUGUUUUGCACUCAUAAGCCCCCAGUGCUUACACACACGCACAAACAUUGCACACGUACACAUUCAGGGGAUAGCAGUUAUUAAUGGCGUGGUCUCCAGCUGUUUGUUUGCCUAAGAGAGAGAGAGCGAGAGAGAAAGGAAGAAGAGAUGUGUCUUCCGGCUGCUGCCAUGGCCUCAGAGGCUCCCCCUGCUGGCCCUCUCGGCCAAUGGCAUCGCGUCUCUUGCAAUUGUGUUGAUGACGAGCUUUCCAGUGCACUUUGCAUGCGUCCGGUGUAGAGUCCAGUCUAAUUGAGUCCUGGCUGUCCACUCCUUUAGUCCCUUAUACCUGUGCUUCAAGAGGGUGCUCAGACAUGGGGCUUAUGUGGGCACACAGCAUGGAUUUAUUUUUUAAUUAGUAUCUGUAUCUAGUUCCUAGUGUGUGAUACGCUGACUUAAAAAAGAAAAUACACUGUUUUUUUUUUUUUUACACUUUUUUUUUUAAAAUCCCAGGUAUUAUGGUAAUUUGUCCCUUUUAUUUCCUUAACCAUUAAUCUUACUCUAUUUUUUGCCAUUCUUUUUUUUUCUUUUGCAUUGUGAAGUGGGCAUGCCUGUCACAAAGGACAAAUGCUCUUUAUCUAUAGGAUUAUAAUCUCUUAAAUAGCUGUGUACAGUAAACUGUAAUAACUUCUUUUUUAAUAAAAUAUUAAAUAUGUGUACAAAC